GCCUGCCCUGGGCACCUUCGGCAAGAAUACCCACAUCGUGGAGAGCAAGGACCAAGCCAUGCGCUUGGCGCCCGAGGGCCUCGAGGACCACUGGCUCCUGCAGGAGAUGAUCCGGGGGGACUUGGAGUACUCCACCACGCUGCUGGUACACCAGGCGGAGAUCCUGGAUUGGGCUGGGAUCAAGUAUCGCUACAGCAUGGAGGCCUACGUUUGGCCUCACGUGCGGCUUGUGGAGCAGGAGCUUUGCAGUGUGCCCGUCGAGCACCUGAACAUCUUCCGGAAGUUCCUGAAAGGAUUCAGCGGCAUUUGCAACUUCAACUUCAAGCUGCGGGAGGAUGGCUCCAUCUGCAUCUUCGAGGUGAAUCCGCGGGUGGGCGGGGACUUGUCCUUUGACAUUCCCAAGCCAAGGGCCCGAGCUUUGCUGGAGAAGAUGGAUGCCAUCUUCUCCUGAGCGCCGCUUUAGCACGCUUCUCGCGCGUGCUCGCGCAAGGAGGUGUUGUUUGACACGGAGCCUGGAG